AUGGCGGGUAAUUGUUUUAUAUGUGAAAACUCGCUAUCGGUCGGUGAAACUGUAAAUGUCGAGCGUGGAUUACAGACAUUAAAAAACGCUAGUAAUGAAAGAGACGAUGGACAUCUUGAGUUUUUAAAUAAUGUAACAUCGGUGACUGUGCAUGUUGAGUGUCGUAAAGACAAAAAAAAAAUUGCCUCAUUUAAAAGCAUAGAGUAUAUAGAGAUGCCCUAUCAGAAUAAGUAUUAUGAAUUAUGUGAAGCAAAACAUGUCGGAUUUGGUUUCCAAUAA